ACCAUUCAAAGUGCCUUUCACGGCCCUGCAGUUAAAGGACCGUGGCCAAUUCGAUCCCCCAGAGGCUCCUCUAACCCCACCGCAGCCCUGGCACGUCCGGAAGUCUCGGCCUCCUUCCUGGCAUCAUAAGAGCUCUUCGCUUACUUUCCACAGAUUCCUUCCCUGCUGCACCCCACCCCAACCACACCUCCCAGUUCCCCUGCAUCAGCCUCAAACUUCUCUCUGGUUCUUUCACCCUGGUGUAUUUCACCCUCCUCACAAGUAAAGAGCGAGAGUUCCCACUUCUGCGUCUUGUCAAGUGAACUGGGAAUAAGAGGGAGCUGGCCGCUUCCCGGUCGCUCCCCUCUCUUGCUUCUCCUCCCAAGGCAGCGCCAGGCUGGGGACUCCCUAGCCAGGAAACUUAAUUCACUCUCCCCAGCUCUCUGUCCCUCCCCCACUAGACCCAGCCCUCCCGAGAGAGAGGGAGAACGAGAGCAAAGCAGCUCGCAUCUGCUGUUUGGCUGCAGCCACAGCUUCAGGUAGUCGCCUCUCCUCCCCAGAAGUCACUGGCUCCGCGCUCGCUAGUCACUGUCUCCCCAGGCCCUUGCUAACAAGCAUGUCCAACCUGAAAUUUUCAUACAUCAUCUAAAGGGAAAACGGGUGCUUGUGCCAGACCCCUUAGCACUUUUUGCACCAAGAUAAUGUAAUUGAAGAUCCCAGCUUUGAGGAGAUUUCAUCAUGGGAGCAAAUACCUCCAGUAAGCCUCCAGUGUUUGAUGAAAAUGAAGAUGUCAACUUUGAUCAUUUUGAAAUUUUACGUGCCAUUGGGAAAGGCAGUUUUGGAAAGGUAUGCAUCGUGCAGAAGAAUGAUACCAAGAAGAUGUAUGCCAUGAAAUACAUGAACAAACAGAAAUGUGUCGAGCGUAAUGAAGUAAGAAAUGUCUUUAAGGAGCUUCAGAUCAUGCAAUGCCUGGAACAUCCCUUCCUGGUUAAUUUGUGGUACUCCUUCCAAGAUGAGGAGGACAUGUUUAUGGUGGUAGAUCUCCUUCUGGGUGGCGAUCUGCGUUAUCACCUGCAGCAGAAUGUCCGCUUCCAAGAAGACACAGUCAAACUCUUCAUCUGUGAGCUUUCCAUGGCACUGGAGUACCUCCAAAGUCAACGCAUCAUACACAGGGAUAUGAAGCCUGACAACAUUUUACUUGAUGAGCAUGGACAUGUGCAUAUUACAGACUUCAACAUUGCUGCCAUGCUGACCAAGGAAAUGCAAAUCACCACAGUUGCUGGCACCAAACCUUAUAUGGCUCCAGAGAUGUUCAACUCAAGAAGACAAACAGGAUAUUCCUUUGCUGUUGACUGGUGGUCCCUGGGAGUGACUGCUUAUGAGCUACUCAGAGGCCGGAGACCAUAUCAAAUUCGCUCUGGAGCAUCUACUAAUGACAUUGCUCACAUGUUUAAGACAGCAAUUGUGACUUACCCGGCUUCGUGGUCAGUGGGGAUGGUGACGCUGCUGAAAAAGUUGCUUGAACAAAACCCUGACCAUAGAUUCUCUCAGCUAUCUGAUAUCCAGGACUGCUCCUACAUGGAUGAUGUGAAUUGGGAUGCAGUUCUGCAGAAGAGGCUAAUUCCAAGUUUCAUUCCUAAUAAAGGCAGACUGAACUGCGAUCCCACCUUUGAACUUGAAGAAAUGAUUUUAGAAUCCAAACCUCUUCACAAGAAAAAGAAACGACUGGCAAAGAAAGAAAAAGAUAACAGGAAGUGUGACUCUUCCCAGACUUGCCUUCUUCAGGAGCACCUUGAAUCAGUCCAGAAAGAGUUCAUUAUUUUCAACAGAGAAAAGGUGCAAAGGGAGCAUAAUGAGAAGCUGGCACAAGCCAAAGACCCAGAAGAUGGUCAGAACAACAACCUGUGAGAUGUGCUCCAUCCUCUUUCCAUACCAUUAGUCAGUUGCUCAGCAUAUGGGCACCAUGCCAUGUGCUUUGGAACCUUCAGUGUAGAAUGCACAAACAGUAGUUCUCCAGUCCACUUCCCAGACCCCCAACUUAAAGUGUAAAUGCCUAAAGCUCUCUGGUAGAACCCUAGACCAGAAGUGAGGAGGCCUGGUUCUAAUCUCAGUUCUGCCACCAACCAACUCUGUGUGGCCUCAGGCAAGUCAUCUCCCCUCUCUAGGGCUGUUUCCCUCAUCUAUAAAAUGAGAUAAUCUGUUACAGAUCCAUUUUAGUUCUAAUAUUCUAUAAUUCUAAAUAGCUGGGGGGGGGCAUUAUGCUUUAGGGUAGUGCAAAGAGCACAGGACUAAAGAAGAUCUGGGUUUAAAUCCCAGUACUGAUACACUGUGUGACCAUUGGCAAAUGGCUUCACCUUUCUGAACCUUGAUGGAUAAUGGGGGCAAUAAUAUUUACACAACCUAUAUAAGACCUACCUUACAGGGUUGUUGUGAGGAAAAUACUAUAUAGUUGUGAGUUCUUAUUCUAUUUAAUCCCUUUGCUCUUCCUUGCUACACUGGAAAAUGUAGGGAUGGGGGGAGGAGAUGCCUUUCCAGUUUAGGAAACUAACAAAAGAAUGUUUAGCCCCUCUGAGCAUGAAAUAGAGAAUUCUGUCCAGAAAAAUAAAAGAAUGGGAUUUAGUUAGAUUAAGUCUACAGAUUUAUGUGAAAGGGAACCCCAACAACUGGGGCCUUCUCACAGGAGUAGGGCCCAUCAGCAAGCACUACCCAUCUCAUGUAAGUAGGGACUGUUAUCUGCAUAAGUGCCAGGAAAUACCAGAAAAAAAUACUGUCACAUGUAAGACACACCCACCAUUUUGUGAUGACAUAUGGAAGACCUGGGCCAAGUCUGAAAGGAAGUCCUGCAAGUAUGGAGGAUGAACUCACUUUGACCAAGGCAUAAAGAAACACUAAUAGUGACUCUUUCAUGCUAAAUUCAUCCAGGGCAAGUUGUUGGCUGGUCAAGGGAACAGCCAAAGAAGGAGCAGAAUGUAGAGAAUGAGUGCCUGGGAGAGGGCCAGAGUUGGGAAUAAAGAGAUGGACAGUGAGAACAGUAACUGGCUUCCCUCCACAAGUGCAUGUAAGCAUGAAGUGGAGGCUCAACAUAUACUUAGUGUUUACAGUUUUCAAUGCAUUCAACUAACAGGCCUUAAGUUCCAAUAGCGCAAGAAAGAAACAUCUCUUUUCUUGCCAUUUAUUGAAAAAACAUGAUGUGUAUUUGCAAGGAGGUAGCACAAAUAUCUUUGUAAAUGUUUGUAAAAAAAAAAACACAACAAAAUGCCAUCUACCUCUACCUCUUGUGUUUUCCCUCCAACUAUGAGGUCUAUCAGAUGGGAUCAUGUAUAGAAAACAUUUUGAACACAAUAUAAUAAGAGAUUCAAGGAGUUCCCUCCAAACACCAGUCCUCAUCCUGACAUAGUCCAAUCUGCUGAGGACCCGAGUAAAGUCAGCAGCAGCAGGAAAGAGACCAGACUCUCAUUUCAAAGAGGAAAGGCCAAAAGUUUCCAUAGCCUUUUGCAAAUGAAGCCAAACUAUGUGUUUUGGUUGCUCUGACUCAAGCCUGAAAGGUCCUAGACUUUUUCUUCCCUGUCACACAUUUCUCAUUAAACAGUCCUGCUGAAAAUACUUCCUAAGGGUCACUUUAGGAACAAAUGUCUUACCAAAGGGAAGGAAGGCAAGCCAUUUGGCUCAUCUUCCUCUAACUAGUCUAGUUCUUGUAUCUAGAAUGUCUCAGAGGCACCUUGCUAACUAGUGUUUAUUUCUGAUCUUGGCACUGGAAGAGUGCCAUUGGUUUUUAGGAGCUGGGAUUCACUUAGCUGGAUGUUGACAGACCUGGCAAAAAGCACCUCCCUGGCCCAUACUGGCCUGUUUAGAGUUGUCUGCCUAAAAUAAAAUAGAAGUUUGUGUUAAUAUCACUUCCAGAAAACUGGAGUAAGAACAUGUCCUAAGAAUCCUUCUCAUUGCCGAGUUAGUAUACUCCCUGGCUUUUACAAAAUCCUUUUUUUCCCCUGUUUUUUAAAUAAUUGUUGGCAGCAGAGAGGCCCUUCUAUUCUAUUUCAUGAGUCAGGGGCUAAAUAAAAGCCAAUGCCUUUCUUGGAGCUGGGACAAAUACACCCACAAUUAAGUAAUAUUCCAUUAGAACGUAAGCUCUCUGAGAUCAAGAUGUUCGUAUUUUUGUUUUUGUCUCCCCAUUGAUUAUCCUGGUGACUAGAACAUAAGAGGUACUUUCAUUGACUUGAAUGGAGUGACCCCAGGUUUUCCAGGGUCUAUUCCCUGGUUCGUGACUCCUUAAAAGUUGAAUCUGAGAGUUCCAGUCUUGGAAAAGAGAGGAAUCGUGGCCACCAUAUAUGGCAUAUGUUCCUGAGUGUUUUAUUAGUGUUGUCCUUUUAUCUCCAUCCAUCACUGAUUAUAGGAAAAUAUCUUUGUAGACUUAAUAUGUUUUUAAGAUUAGAAGUAGUUUUUUCUAAAUAGUACUGUUUUUCUGGACUUUCUGUCAAGUGAAUACAUGUUGGCUUAGGUAGCAUGGAUAGGGGACAGGGAACUCCUUACUGAUAACAGAUUUGGCAUUUUGGAAUAUAAAAUCCAGACCAAUAGAUCAUGACACCUUUAAAACAGUAAGGGAGCCCCAGCUAAGAACAGAGGUUAGGGCUGGAAUCCAAAGCACUGGGUGAUGGAAAGAAGGUUGGGUUUGGAAUUAGAAGACCUGAAUUUGAGCCCUGGCUCAGCUGCUCAGACAAGUCACUUCCCCUCUUCAUUUCCUCAUCCCUAAAACGAUGGGGCUGGAGUAGCAGAUUUUGAAGCCCCUUUCACUUCUAGCAUUCUGUGACUGAUGUAGCACUCAUCUUGAUGUAGUUGUUUGUGGACUGCUUCAUUGUUCUCAACCAGUCUGGGAAGUAGGCAGUAUGAUUAUUACUAUCCCCGUUUUACAGAUGGGGAAACUGUGUCUUGGAGAGGCCCCAUGGGUACAUGUUUAGCAAGUAUCCAAGGUGGAACUCAACCCCAGUUCUCCUGAUUCCAAGUACAGUACUCUUUCCUCUAAAUCUAGAGGACUGAGAUUAGUUUAAUUAGGGUAGAAAAGUAGCCCCUGAUUGCAGAAUUGCCUCUAGUGUUGGAUAAAUUACCCAUCACCGUAGCUCCCUUUAAUCAUUUGGCAGAUUAAAAGGUAAGAAGGACAGACAUCUUCCGGAGGAUUCAUUCUGCCGGAAGAUAAUCUUUGGCUGUGCUCCAGGAUUCACACGAUAAAGUAGGAUGGUCUAUGGAGGCUGAGGGGAAGAGAGGGAAGAGGCAGGCAUCUCUCUUGUCCAUCACCAAGAUGUCAAGAGCUCCAUAUAAUCUUGUUUUCUGAUAGCCAUCUGCCAUGCUCACUGAGCAAAGUACUGUCUGUCUGCCUUUAAUGGAAUUAAAAAGUCAAAUGUCUUACUCUC